CUCGGAGGGUGACAACAAGUGACGUAAGAUGUCACCCGAUCCAUUUUAGUUCGCCUGUGAUCUCUCUCUCUGUUCGGAAGUCGUCUCACUUCGCCCCAUGUCGAUCAUGGGAAAAAGCUUCCAAGAACUGUGUCGAGACAUGCAGGCUUUCCCGAUAGUUUACCAGCACUCCAUUGCUUUUGAAAUACCGACAGACAGCUAUUACCAUUCACCCAACAGCGAGAAUAUCCAGAGGGAUAUUUGCCAGGCGCUGGAACGUCAAAUGCAUGUUCCAGACUACUUGAAAGGCUUGCAGUAUUUGUCUGAAAGGGUGAUUCUCUUAACUCUAGACUCCAGUACUGAAUACCCAGAGUAUUUCAAAAUUCUGCUAAUUCAGUAUUUCCACAACAAGUUUUGUGAGUCAGGCAAAGUCGUCAAGAUAUUCCAUCCAAAACUGGUGGGUCACUCGAAGGUCGAAGCCUUGGUCACUGGAAUACCGCUUCCAGUGGCCGAGUCGGUGUUUCUGGACAUCCAGAAGCAGAUCCCUCGGAAGUUUCCUUAUCUCAUCGACGUCAAGGCCAAAUUCAUCAAGAUGAAGGACCACGGCACGAAUGCCGGUGACAUCUUGAUGCAAGCAAACACGGACGAUCUUAUACAGGUUCACUGUGAUCUCUGCCCUGGAAAACCACUCUCUUUCCAGGGGCACAAAGGUAAUAUCAGGUACAGGUCUUCAGACCAGAUUAAAAAACUGUCAUGACUCGAAAGAUUUCUUGCUUUUUGUAACCAACAGAAAUCUCGUACCAUGAUUCUCAGCGCGUACUUCUUUAGGUCUAAUUUACCUCCCCUUACUCAUCGUUGCCAUCCGAAAAGUUUAUACGGUGAUUAUAUCAGAAUUUACUUUUACUUUUCUGAACGCAAAAGGUGACUGUUUUCAUGUUUGUUAAACAUGUCACAUUCUGACAACAUUUUCCCUGGAGGUAUUUAACAUAUGCUAAACUGUUUUAGGAAAGGCAUUAAAGGCGAAUUAACUGUGUUGAAAUACCCUUCUUUUUGCAUUAUUAUUACUCUAUCAAUCAAUAGAGUUCAGUUGCAAUUCAUUUUGAAUUGAAAGCACCGAAGUCAGUGUUCACAUCUGUAGUUGUGAGAUCAGAAGAAAAUCAUUAGUCAGUAUCAGAUACACUAUAUAAUAACUAUGCAUCGAAAUAAUAGUUAUUACUGAUAUAACAGACCUGUACGUAUGACCGGGAAAUGAUAGCCUGAUCUAUGUUUACCCAUUCAAAACAGUCAUCGACAUAUUGGAGGCGAGAGACGGACAUAUACCGACAUAGAUAUGACAGUUAUAUUUUGCAGUUAAGCGUUGAUGUAUGCCAACGCGUGAACAGUGCAACAUUGUUACUUUUUCAUAAUAAAUCUUAUAAUAAAGAUCAGAGGAUGAAUAGCCAGAGUGUUACUUUAGUGGCAUCACUGUUUUUCACUUAGUAUGAAACACGAGCGAGAUAUGCUUCUUCAUGCGUGCACAAAGAGCAUUUAGGAAGGUAGUCCGUAACCACAUGAGCCAAGCAAUAGUGUCACAUAGGAGAUUUCACUGUCUGUGUGCCUUUGCAAAUCAGCCAUUAAAUUACCCGGCAACAAACAAAAUGGGAUUAAUGAGAAUCCUUUUAUCUAAGUGUAUUUCUGACAACUCCUUUUCGCAGUUGACCUUUGCUUUGGUAGUCUUUGUUAGACAGAUAUGUUUUGCUCUUUUGAUUGGCAACAAAACCGACAUCUACGAUGCCUUAAAGCAUCAGGAAGAUCUGGUAACUCUCCUUAAAGUUGGGGGGCUUUUUAACCUCACUUAGUCGCUCAGCUGCAUUUUUAUCUUCUGCAUUUUCUUUGUUGAUCAUUUCUGAUAAUUCGUGCAGCUUUUCGAAGGGUUGGUGAGCCCUUUUCCCAGUAUGUUAUCCCAAUCAAUUCCGGCACAGCUUUCCUGCUGUUCGUUGCCAAUCCUAUUUCUCGCUUCCACUGGCACGUGCCCUCAGAGUAUAUGUCCACAAUAAGGAAAGUGGAUCAACAGAUUCUCACACAUUUCCGUAGCUCACCGCGUUAAAAAAAAAAAAAAAAAAAAAAAAAAAAAAUGGCCAGCCAAUCUCCAUUUAACUUUUAUUUUUGUUUAUCAAGAAGUUUCUGCGAUGCAAAUAUUUUUGCAAUGUGUAGAUUUCCUACAAAUCAGACGGCAAGUAGAUGAUCCAGCACAGUUAGUGAUGCCAUAUUGCUAAAUAGUUUACAGUGUAGUUCUGAACAUUUACCCGACCCUAAAGUGACAGUACGCAUUGAAUGUGGCAUUCAUUAGCAAGUCCAGUUACGCUCGCUCAUACAAUUUAUUUUUUGUGGUGGAAAAGGCUUGUAUAUAUUAAACCAUGCAUUUCAGAAAUCAGUAAUCUCAUUAUUAUAAUAAUUGUGACAAAAUUGAGAUUUUACAAUCACACUAUUUAAUAAAGAAAUAAUGGUAGCAAAACUCACGAUUAAGUAAAAAAUAAUUUUCGAUUAAUAUUACAUUAAGAUAUACAAAAAUGGAUAUCACCCUUUGCCACGUGAACCGUGCAUCUAUAGCCAGUUUUAUAGUACAUAAAAAAGUGAGAGUUCAAUUUUGGUGAACAUAAUUAAACAUUGCUUCAGUUCAUUUUGAAGGUGGUGAUUAUCAAAUAAAAAAAAAAAUACAUAACAGACAUAUAAAGUUUAAAAUGACCGUGAUUAAAAAGAGACCUAACUUCGCUUAACGUAAGAUUCAUGCUAACAUGUACCAGUUAGAGCCAAGGAAAAAUCCAUUAAGUCUGUAAGCUCAUGCAUCGUGUAUGCUCACAGACACGCGAGAAUGCAGCAAGAUGAAAUUUUGUCCACAGCCAUUGGUGGUGGGAAAGAAACGGACGUCCGAUCGAUCAAGAAAGGAAUUUCUGUUAUACUUGACAAGGAGACAGGUGCUGCAUAGCUAUUGAUGAAAAUGAUGAACUCAUUCUCAGCUUAGUGCAGUGAUCAAAGCUAUAAAUACAGAAGAUUUCUAAGUAAUAUCCGUUUAUGGAAACCAUUAUUUACACUCGGAGGAUGUAGCCUGUAAAAUUCUCUAAAAAAGGAAUCUCAAAAUGCAGGACGAAGCUUAGAUGAAAAUUCAGAUAUUAUUUUAGUAGAACACUUCAGCAGAAAGCUCACAGAGGCCCGUGCCCAUCAUUUGGCCCAACUUGGAUAAUAGGGUUGGUUUCAAAAGAGUACCCCCUUCCCUCAUCCCACUUCACCCUUCCCUUUGUAACUUGUAAUAGUAAUAAAUGAACUCUACGGGUUUAUCAUACCGCAUUUCAUGCACUUGAGACCAUAGAACUGUAAUUUUAAAAAAGCUUUUCAGUCACCACAGUAAUACCUGGGUAAAAGGAACAUACAGCACAAUAACAUAUGGAUAAAAAAGACAGCCACCACAAUAAUAUCUGCAUAAAAGGGACGGUCACCACAGUAAUACCUGUAUAAAAGGGACAGACAUCACAGUAAUGCCUCUUUAAAGUUGACAGACACCACAGUAAUAACUGGAUAAAAGAGACAGUCACCACAGUAAUACCUGCAUAAAAGGACAGAUAGUACUAUGCUACCUGGUUAACGGUAUCAGACAGCUCAGUAAUAUCUGGAUGAAAAGAACAGUCACCACAGUAAUACCUAGAUAUACUUUUCAGUCACCACAGUAAUACCUCGAUGAAAGGCAUAGACAGCGCAGUAAUAUUUGAAUAAAAGGGGCAGUCACCACAGUGAUAAAUGGAUAAAAGUGACUGACAGCACAGUAAUAUUUGGUUAAAGGUGUCUGACAGCACAUUAAUGGCCUAGUAAAAGUGACAGUCACAAUAGUAAUACCUGGAUAAAAGGGACAGUCACCACAGUAAUUCCUGGAUAAAAGGUGCAGCCAUCACAGUAAUAUCUGGAUGAAAGGGACAGACAGAAAAGUAAUACCUAAAUAAAAGGGACAAUCACAGCAGUAAUUUCUUGAUAACAGGGACAGUCAUAACACUAAUACCUGUCUAAUAGGGACAGCCACAACAGUAAUAGCUGUCAGUUCACCCAUGACUGCUCAAAGGGUGAACGUUCAUGGAAAAAGUAGUUUUAUCAGUCGGACCAUCAACAUAGACCACUCCCCUUCUUCCUAUUUCCAUCUCUCCCCCAUCCUUCCCCCUCCUCCUCCCCCCUUUUCCCUUUCCACUUUUCCUCCCCCUAUACAUAGACUGUCAUUCAAAGUUUCCCCGGGCAGCGCUGGG